GAUGAAUGAUGUGUGUUUCCUCUGCAGGUGAAGCUAGAAAGUGUGUGUGAGCUGAUGUGGAUUCAGCAGCAUGGAUCAGUGUGAGGACAGAGAGGAGGGAGUCCCUCCCUCUAAAACCACUCUGUGUGGGGAAGAUGAGAGCCAGAGCAAAGGUCAGAGGAUCCAUCAGAAACGCAAACCAGAACCAGAACCAGAGCAAGAACCAGAACCAGAACCAGAGCCAGAACCAGAGCCAGAACCAGAGCCAGAACCAGAACCAGAACCAGAACCAGAACCAGAACCAGAACCCAGCUGUGUGUCCUUUAAGAGCAACAGGUCAAAGGAAAUUUCUCCUGACUUUAAAUCUCCUGGAUCUCCACCAUCAGAGAGGAUCCAUAAGAGAUUCAAACCCGAUCCAGAACCAGAACCCAGCUUUGUCUCCUUUAAGAGUGACUGGUCAAAGAAUCUUCCCAUUAACUUCAAAUUUCCUGGAUCUCCAUCAUCAGAGAGGUGA